UCCAGUGGUUUUAUAGGUUUUAUCAAAUGCUCAUUGUGUUUGAGAACACCUCUAUUUAUUGGGAUUUAUUUUAAUUAUAGGUGUGAAUUUCUUCGAAGUAAGAAAUCCUCAGAGGAAAUUGCCCAGUAUAUUAAAAGCUACGAGGGAUUUGUCCAUGUCACGGGAGAACAUUUUGUGAAUUCCUGGGUCAAAAGAGAAUUACCUAUGGUGUCAGCUUACUGCAAUGACAGUGUCUUUGCUAAUGAAGAGCUAAGGCUGGACACUUUUAAGGACUGGCCCCAAGAAUCACCCGUGGCUGUUGAAGAUCUCGUCAGAGCAGGCCUUUUCUACACAGGCAUAAGGGACACUGUCCAAUGUUUCUCCUGUGGCUCAUAUAUGUGGAAAUGGGAGGAAGGUGACGACCCGUUAGAAGAUCACACCAGGUUUUAUCCCAACUGUGUCUUUCUGCAAAACCUAAAGUCCUCUACUGAAGUGAUUCCAGCCCUUCAGAGCAACUCUGCACUUCUGAAAGCCAUGACUGUGUCCUCGUGUGGUCAGCUGGCCCUGCGAGGGCUUUUCUCAUCUUGCUUUGAGUUCAGUAGUGAGGACCUCACAGAAGCAGGAGUCGAUGAAGAUGAAGAUCUGACCACCUGCCUGAUGAGUAAAUUCACAGCCCAGAGACUGAGCCCAGUCUAUCGGUUCCUAAGUCCAUUGUUCCAAGAAUUUCUUGCUGCCAUGAGGCUGACUGAACUCCUGAGUUCAGAAAGAAAGGAAGACCAAGAUCUGGGACUUGAUUAUUUGAGACAGAUUAACUCACCCUUGAAGGCAAUGAGUGUCUACAACAAUUUUUUGAAGUAUGUCUCCAGCCACCCUUCAUCAAAGGCAGCGCCAAUGGUCGUGUCUCACUUGCUUCAGUUGGUGGAUGAUAAAGAGUCGCUGGAGAACAUGUCUGAAGAUGAGGAUUAUGGGAAGCUCCAUCAAAAAACUCCUCAGCUGAUGAAGUUAAUUAAAGAAAUGUGGCAGGUAUAUCCUGAAGCUUUUUCCUCAUUCAUCUCAGAACAUCUAUUGAGCAUUGCUCUGAACAUCGCCUAUGUAAGCAACACGGUCGCUGCAUGUUCUCCAAUUAUUUCACAGUUCCUUCAAGGGAGAACACUGGCUUUGAAUGUCCUGAAUUUCCAGUACUUUGAGGACCACCCGGAGAGCCUGCUACUGUUGAGGAGUGUAAACGUCUCCAUAAAUGGACAUAAAAUGCCACCAAGAGUCUUUAGUUACUCAGUCAUGGAAAAAUGUUUUGAAUCAUUACAGCCACCAACAGUAGAUGAGGACUACGCUCCUGCCUUUGAACAUAUGAAGGAAUGGGAGAAAAAUUUAGCUGAAAAUGAAGAUAAUGUGAGGAAUUUUAUGAACAGCCAACCUCUGCAUCCACCCAACAUCAGUGCUGGCUAUUGGAAACUGUCACCCAAGCACUACAAGAUCCCUAGGCUGGAAGUUGCAGUGGCCAACAUGGAUCCUGCAGACCAAGCGCUGCUCCAGUUCCUAAUGGAAGUCUUCUCAGCAUCACAGAAUAUCGAACUCCUUUUGAACCACAGCAAUAGCUUUCUUGAAAGCAUCUGCCUUGCUCUGGAGCUUCAUAAGUCCUCUGUCACCAAGUGCUCCAUGUGUGGACUGGAGCUCAGCACAGCAGAACAGGAGCUGCUUCUUACCCUGCCUGCCCUGCAGUCUCUUGAGGUCUCAGGAACAAACCAGUUACCAGAUGAAUGA